GAAAAGAGCCUUGGGCCCACACAGGGAAGCGAGAUGCCCCUAGAGGAACUGCUUGCACUGUAUGGAUAUGAGGUGGCAGACCCUAUUGUAGAGCAUAACAGGCAGCCUACUGAGCUGGUGGCCAGCCUGCCUGACAUGACACUGGAUAAGGAUCAGAUAGCAAAAGAUCUGCUCUCAGGGGGGGAGGAUGAGGAGAGUCAGUCAUCAGCUGAUGACCUCACCCCCUCUGUCACCUCACAUGGCUCAGAUCUCUUCCAGGGCCAUCUACGAGAUGAGGAGAAAGACUUUUCAGGCAGCACCUCCGACGAAGACUCUGAUGGCAGCUUCAUUCAGACCAGUGAUGGAGGCAAGGACAUCAUGGUGGGCCCACAAUACCAGGCCUCCAUCCCCCCUCUCAGCACAUACUCCCACCAGGAGAGAGCCUAUGAGAAUGAGGACCAGCUGCUAUGGACACCAGGGACGCUGACAGCCGAGGCUGUGGAGGAAUUCCUCCUGCGGGCCCAGAGGCGGGGGGGUGAGCAGGGGUGUGCAGAGACCCCCACAAAUGGGGACAUUAUCAAGGACAGUGAACAGGCUCUGUAUGAGCUGGUGAAAUGCAACUUCAAUGCAGAAGAGGCGUUGAGAAGAUUACGCUUUAAUAUUAAAGUGUUCAGUGAGGAGCUAUGUGCCUGGAGUGAAGAAGAGUGUCGAAAUUUUGAACAUGGAUAUCGGGUCCACGGGAAGAACUUCCACCUUAUCCAGGCCAAUAAGGUUCGCACGCGCUCUGUGGGGGAGUGUGUGGAGUAUUACUACAUGUGGAAAAAGUCGGAACGGCACGAGUACUUCACACAGCAGACCACCAGACUGGGCCGCAAAAAGUACAGUCUGCAGUCAGGGACCAUGGAGGAUGGAGAGCAAGAUGGUGAAGGGCGGGAGCUAGAGGGGUGCAGCCACUCCAGUGAUUCACCUUGUGAACCCUUAGCCACCACACAGCCUGAGCCACCCUCUUUACCAGACAUCUUUAACCUGGAAAAGCAAGGUGCCGAGCUGGGGGAGGAUGUGUCGAGCCAGUGUGGGUGCACCAGGCCCAGCUCACCCCGGGCGCCGCUGUUCCACCAGCUGUCACCUUUUCCUGCCCACGAGGGACCCCGAGAGCCUGUUAAAAACUGCCCCAACCACAUGGACUGCCCUGCGCCGCCUCCUGCCUCACUGGAUCAGAGACUGUGUGACAGCCCUCUCCCUCAAUCCCGUCCUCUGGUCGCAGACCUCCUGGGCCCUGGGUUCUAUCAGCUGCAGCUGGCACCCUUCGUCACAGACAGCAUGCCAGCCUCCAUCACCACAGAUUUUGGGGCCAUCAGCAGCUUCCUGUGUCCCCCUGCCCUGCGCCCCCCUCCCGUCCAGCACCCACGUUCUCUCACACAGUGAAAGGGGGGACCUCCGGUAGCACAGGGGCA